CGGUGAGCUGGACUUACACAAAAAUGCAGCUGCUGUAAUCUGCAGAAUUUUUAUUAGUGUUUUUUCUUAAGUUUUUUUUAAAAAGUUGACUAAAUGGCAGCACAGCUAGACUUACUCUCCAGCAAUUGUGAUGAUAGCAUCUCUGCUGCAAGCACAUCUGAUGUCCAGGACCGCCUUUCAUCCCUUGAGUUGAGGGUCCAGCAGCAGGAGGAUGAGAUCACAGUGCUGAAAGCAGCUCUGGCCGAUGUGCUCAGACGCUUGACUCUCUCUGAAGAUCAGACGGCUUCUAUGAGAAAAUCAUCUCCUGGUAAAGGACAGCCCGCCUUGCGUGAAGCCUAUUCCCUGUCGUGCAUAACCAAUGGGAGCCCUAUGACCAGGAAACCAAUGCAUAGUUCUGCUCUGUCAGUUGCCAGGAAGGAAACACUUGCUUCCGCUGCUAAAAGUUAUGGUCUGAAAGAGCUAAAGAACAAUCCAGAGAAAAACAAGGAAACGCCCCAAGAAAAAGAGGCCGACGUCGAGACUCAAUCUAAUCAUCAAACUCUUCAAAAUCAAGCACAAACUUCUCAAAGCUCACAAUCUCCCCAAUCACAAAGACACACUCAAGAGAACAAGACCCCUUCUUCAGCCAAAAGUGUAAAGCGAGGAGCAACAAUUGAAAGGUCACAGAGCAGCACCUGGGAAGGUUCUGAGGAGAAUCGCAACAAGCUGUUGAGAGCAGCUUCGACAUCCAAGUUAAUAUCAAAACACAAAAAUGCAGAGAAAUCUAAGGAGCCAAUUGUCAGUCAAGCCCAAAGUUCACGCCGUGGAGCGUACAGCCAAGAGGGAGAUAUGAUCAAGAUGUUCAUGCGGGGACGUCCCAUCACAAUGUACAUUCCUUCUGAUGUAACAAAUUACGAUGAGAUCAAGUCAGAACUGCCUUCUGAGAAGCUGAAGCUCGAGUGGGUAUAUGGCUAUCGAGGGAGGGACUGUCGUUCCAAUGUCUACCUCCUCCCUACUGGAGAAAUUGUCUAUUUCGUAGCAUCUGUUGUGGUGCUGUAUAAUGUUGAGGAGAGGACACAAAGACACUACUUGGGUCACACAGAUUGUGUUAAAUGCCUUGCAGUUCACCCAGACAAAAUCAAGAUUGCAACAGGACAGAUAGCUGGAGUAGACAAAGAUGGAAGACCCCUACAGCCCCAUGUGCGAGUGUGGGAUUCAGUCAGUUUGCAAACAUUACAGAUAAUUGGUCUUGGAACAUUUGAAAGAGGAGUUGGUUCUUUGGCCUUCUCAAAAGCUGAUUCAGGUACCCAUUUGUGUGUAGUGGAUGACUCCAAUGAACAUAUGCUGACUGUGUGGGAGUGGCAAAGGAAAUCCAAAAUUGCUGAAAUAAAGAGUACCAAUGAGGCUGUGCUUGCGGCUGAUUUCCACCCUACAGACCCCAAUGCCAUAGUCACUUGUGGCAAGUCACACGUCUUUUUCUGGACAUGGAAUGGGAACUCACUGGCUAGAAAACAAGGAAUAUUUGGGAAAUAUGAAAAACCAAAAUUUGUGCAGUGUUUAGCAUUCCUAGAAAAUGGUGAUGUCCUCACGGGAGAUUCUGGUGGAAUUAUGCUUAUAUGGGCAAGAACAACUGUGGAAUCCACACAGGGGAAAGGACCCAAAGGAGUAUAUCAGAUCAGCAAGCAGAUUAAAGCACACGAUGGCAGUGUAUUUACUCUUUGUCAGAUGAGGAAUGGAAUGCUGCUUACAGGGGGCGGAAAAGAUCGUAAAAUCAUCCUGUGGGAUCACGAUCUCAAUCCAGAAAGAGAAAUUGAGGUUCCUGAUCAGUUUGGAGCCAUACGAGCAGUGGCUGAGGGGAAGGGAGAUCAGUUUCUGAUAGGCACAUCACGCAACUUCAUUUUGAGAGGAACCUUUAACGAUGGCUUCCAAGUGGAGGUUCAGGGUCACACAGAAGAACUCUGGGGUUUGGCUACACAUCCUUCCAAGGACCUUUUCCUGAGCUGUGCCCAGGAUCGUCAAGUUUGCUUGUGGAACUCUGUCGACCACACCCUGGAAUGGAGCAAAAUCUUAGAUGAACCAGGCCAUUGUGCUGAUUUCCAUCCCAGUGGUGUUGUGGUGGCUAUAGGAACACAUACGGGCAGGUGGUUUGUUCUUGAUGCUGAGACAAAAGACCUGGUUUCAAUACAUACUGAUGGAAAUGAGCAGCUGUCAGUGAUGCGGUACUCUCCAGGUGGCGAUUACUUGGCAGUGGGAUCCCAUGAUAAUUUUGUUUACAUCUACACAGUAUCCGAAAAUGGCAGAAAAUACAGUAGACAAGGAAAAUGUACUGGACAUUCCAGCUAUAUUACACACCUUGACUGGUCACCAGACACCAAGUACAUAAUGUCUAACUCAGGAGACUAUGAAAUCCUAUAUUGGGAUAUUCAAAAUGGCUGCAAACUGAUAAGAAAUCGCUCAGAAUGCAGGGAUAUGGAAUGGUACACAUACACAUGUGUUCUCGGCUUUCAUGUUUUUGGAGUGUGGCCCGAAGGCUCAGAUGGAACAGAUAUUAAUGCACUUUGCAGAUCCUACAGCAAGAAAGUAGUGGCUGUUGCUGAUGAUUUCUGCAAAGUCCAUCUCUUCCAGUAUCCCAUCUCUAAGCCUAAGGCUCCAAGCCACGUUUACAGUGCACACAGUAGUCAUGUGACCAACGUCAGCUUUACACACAGUGAUGGUCACUUGAUUUCAACAGGAGGAAAGGAUACCAGCAUCAUACAAUGGAGAGUGGCAGAGAAAGCCCCACUCCCAUUAAACGACAGCAGCCUCGAGCAGAAUGCUCCUCUUUCUCCUUCGGCAGGUCCAACAGAAAACUCACCAGUGUCUUAAAGCUUCACAAUUUGGAAGGUUCUUGGUUUAGCCAAUGAGGGAAAUGGUGACUGGGCAAAAUGAAUAGAGCUGCUGGAUUCAUGUUUUAUUCUGGUUUAAUCUUCCACUGAAAAGAUGGAAGGAUUCCCAAGGGCUUCACUUACAACCAAUGUCAAGUGACUUUAAUGACUGGCCAAAGUUCUUCUUGGGAAGAAAUUGCAACAGUUAAGGUAGAUAUUAGGAAAGCAAUUAAUUAAAAUCAGAGGUUACAGACUGUAAAUACUGGAAAAAAAAACUUCUGUGGUUGGGAUAUGCUGAAAUGAGUCUGCUUUGUAUUAUAAAGUUUUUUUUCUUUCAGUUAGAACUGAUAUGGUUGUAUAACAAACAACACUAACUGUUAACUUGUUCAAACAAAAUCAACUGUGCCAUAUUACCAGGCCAGUGCAUUGCCAAGAAUUGUGAAUGAGAUUGGCUUAAGUAGAGCCUUCCAGUAAGCUAUGCCUACCAUGAGCAUGGCACUGCCUUCUUGAAUAUUAAAUAUGCAAUGUCUUCACAUUACUAAUGUCUGUGAAUCGGACAUUUUUGCAAUUCUCUUCCAUAAUCUAUUUAAAGUAGACUUGCGUUUGUAUUUCCGAAGAAUUAAAAGUAUACCUCUGAAACUGAUCUAAAGUCAACAAAUACCUUCCAAUUGUUCUUGUAAUCAAUUGAAAUUAAUUAUCAGUAAAAGUUGUUUCAUCUAGGAAAUAAAAUCCGCAAUUCAGAGCAAGUCUUGGAAUUGGUAAAAUACAAAACUGCCUAGUUUUGUUCUCUCCUAGCCAUAUGAACUCCAAGACAAGUUGAUGGUAUAUUUGUAUUUUAUGCUGUACUGUCUUGGACUGUACACAUCCAAAUAGUUGCUAUGUGUUUGCAGAUUAACUCUGGUCAUAAUGAGUCAUGGAAAUAACAUGGCACUUAGACUAUCAGGAUUUCAAAGUAUAGAUUUGUUUUGUGUUUUAUGCAUUUUUCCUUGUUUGCUUCUAUUUUUUCAGAACUGUGCAGUUCUUUAAAUUAUGGAUUCACUUUGUACUAUCUGUACAAGAUAAUAACACUUACUGACAAUAUGCAAGGAAGCAUGUCAAAAUGAUCUUAUUUAUACUUUGAUUUGCAUAGAGCAAACAAUCUUUAUUUGAUUUGUUGAUCCAAUGUUUUAGGUUUAAGUAGAAGUUAGGGUUAGCAAUUUGUAGAUGUUGUCAAGUAUGUUUAAGUCUUAAGUGUGAAAUCAAGUGUUUACCAGAUCGUGCCAUUCCAAAGUGGAUCAGAACUGUCAUUCCCUUUGAAUCUGUUCUCAGGAUUAAUCAAUUACCAGGCAUCCAGCAACUGCUGAUCUAGAGAAAGUGCCUAGAUUGGCUCUAAAACCGUAGAACUCCUUUAGUCUCAUGUACAAUAGGUGCUAUCUGGAGAUGCUACUGCCAUGCCUUACAGCUACCAACUAACAGCCGCCAUUGAACCGAUGCAUCAGUCUGCAAUAACUUAUGGAAUUUAGAGUGGGAUUUACGUUGCUGUAUGAAAAAAACUCAGUGAUUGUAAGGGAAAUACAAUUGACCAAGGGUUUUCCAAUGUGUUGAUGUUAGAACUGUUAACGAUUUCAUGCAUUCCUGACAAAUGGCAUAAGAAUUGAAGAAAAAAAUAAAAGUGAUCAGAGUGAAUACUUGCCUCCUCCUGGUGCUUCUCUUGCUGGUCUUAUUGUGUUCUUCCUCAAUAGCAUUAAUUCUUAAAAUGUGUAUUAGAAGGGCCGGUCUGCUUAUUUGGAGGAAACAAGAUGGUGUAAAUGUUAAAAAAAAAUUGGUCACUUCAAUCCACGACUGUUUG